GCAAUUCUGUCGUGCGACCUGAGAUCCAAUUGCGUGGUGCUAACAGCAGGCUCCAGCAUACAAAUACGAUACUGCCGAAGCUAAUGCCAUAGUUUUCUGGGGCAGAGAAACCACAGCGUUCGAGACCCGAAUACGACGGGAACGAAAUACGACUGAGCGUAUAUAUGUAAUCUUUGCACGCGACAAUGGCAUCGACAAACGAUCAACGCGCAGUCGGCGGACCAGGCUCAAGCGACCAGGACCAACUGCCAUCAGCCAUGCUCCAGCAGGCCGAAGCUGCUGUCGCGGGUGAAAACGAUCGCCUGAGCAGAACCGAUUCUGAGCGACGACAUAUCGGCCGAGAUGUUCCUGUACAUCAUGUGGACUCUUUUGCCUCCGAGCAGACAGAACAUGAUAUACCGCCGCCGGCAUACGGUGAACAUUAUGGCACGGUCGAGCAAGAGCAGGAAGGCUUUGGAACGAAAGCUCGCGUUGCGGAAGAUGGACGAGUGAAUAUUAGGAUCGAUCAACGAAACAGACGUCUUUCUCAAUUGCUGGUGCCCAGUCUGAAGCAGUUGCAAGCAGCGGCGGAUCAGGAACAUGCUCCACCGCCGCCGUAUAUUCCACCCUCGCUUGGUGGAGAGGAAGGACAGGCUCCACCGCCGCCCAUGAACGUGGUCAUCCAGGUGGUGGGAUCAAGAGGCGAUGUCCAGCCGUUUGUGGCUUUGGGAAAGGUGUUGAGUGAGACAUAUGGACAUCGCGUUCGACUCGCCACGCACCCGAACUUCAAGGACUUCGUCACCGAAAAUGGAUUGGAGUUCUUCAGUAUCGGAGGUGAUCCCCAAGCUCUGAUGGCAUUCAUGGUGAAGAACCCUGGUCUCAUGCCCGGAUUUGAUUCUUUGCGAGCAGGAGAUGUUGGAAAGAGGAGAAAAGAGGUUGGAGAGUACCUCAAAGGUUGCUGGAGAUCGUGCUUCGAAUCGGGAGAUGGCUCUGGUCCCGAAGCCAAGGACGACACGGUCGAAGACUGGACAUCAAAUGGGCCGAGCGAAGGCGAUUAUUUGCAUAAGCCGUUUGUGGCUGACUGCAUAAUCGCCAAUCCUCCUUCAUUUGCCCACAUCCAUUGUGCAGAGAAGCUUGGGAUACCGCUACACGUCAUGUUCACGAUGCCUUACUCGCCGACCCAGAGCUUUCCUCAUCCGCUCGCGAACAUUCAAUCAUCCAACGCGGAUGCGAAUUUGACUAAUUACAUCUCGUACGCAUUGAUCGAUAUGCUCACAUGGCAAGGACUUGGAGACAUCAUCAAUCGAUUCCGACAGAGAAGUCUGGGUUUGGAUCCGAUCAGCCUAAUGUGGGCGCCAGGCAUGCUGCAGAGACUCAAGAUACCUCACACUUAUUGUUGGUCAUCGGCUCUGAUUCCGAAACCACGCGACUGGGGCGCAAAUAUCAGCAUCUCGGGUUUCUUCUUCCUUGAUCUUGCAAAGAACUAUACGCCGGAUCCUGAACUGAAGGCUUUCCUGGACGCCGGCCCACCGCCUGUUUACAUCGGCUUUGGAUCUAUCAUGUUGGACGAUCCAACCGCUAUGACGAAAUUGAUCUUCGAGGCAGUUGCAAAGACUGGUCAGCGAGCACUCGUGUCGAAGGGUUGGGGAGGUGUUGGUGCCGAUGAGCUCGGCAAGCCGGACAAUGUCUACAUGCUCGGGAACGUCCCACACGACUGGCUCUUCCAGCAGGUCUCUUGUGUCGUCCAUCACGGAGGCGCAGGUACGACAGCUGCGGGUAUCACAGCCGGAAGACCUACGUUGGUCGUGCCUUUCUUCGGCGACCAGCAGUUCUGGGGAUCAAUGGUGGCGCGAGCGGGAGCUGGACCGGAGCCAAUUCCAAACAAGCAGUUGACUGCAGAAAACCUCGCAGCUGGCAUACAGAAAUGCCUUGAACCCGAAAGCCAAGAGCGCGCACGCGAAAUGGCCGCUAAGAUUGCCUCUGAGAAAGGCAGUCAGGUUGGCGCACAGAGCUUCCACCAAUUUCUGGAUGUUGAUAAGCUGCGGUGCAGUCUCGCGCCAUCGCGGGCGGCGGUCUGGCGGAUCAAGCGUACUCAAGCACGAUUAAGCGCAAUGGCUGCGUGUACGCUCGCGCAAGAAGGUCUGCUCGACUUCAAUGAUCUCAAGCUGUAUCGGCCGCGGGAGUAUGAAGCUGACGAAGGCCCCUGGGAUCCGAUUACUGGUGGUGCGACAGCUUUGAUCGGUACUAUGAGUACAAUGAUGCUGGGAGUGGCUGACUUUCCGAUCGAGACACUAAAGGCGCUGCACAUUCAUCCCGACGUCAAGGCGAAGAAAGAGAGCAAGAAGGAUGGAAAAAAACCAGAAGCCCCUGAUAGAACGGAUAGUUCGACUGGCUCGAUCACAUCUGGUAUCAUGAGCCCAAAGUCUGAUGAUGCAGGCACCGUAAACACCGACACGUCUUCCCACACCGGUGCAGACACCCCACGAAGCAAUACGGACACAUCUUCCAUCGCACCCUCGGCUUCUGACAACAGGUCGCAAUCAAGCUUCAAUUUGCAAGAGUCAUUGGCGCGCCUGAAUGUAGGACCUUUAUCUCCUGGCUCGCAAACCGACUCAGGCCGCAAGACUACUUCCUCAUCUAUGGCUGAUGCUCUGAGCGGCCAGAAGGAUGGUGCUUCACAGUCUCGCUCAAGCAGCCGGUCAUCGCAUCGACAAGGCUCAAGCAAUGCACUGAAGGACAUCGACUGGAAAUCUCAAUUCCAGACUGGCACAGAUACGGCCAAGGGCGUGCAUCGCAUUGUCGGUGCUGGCCUCAAGUCUCCAUUGGACUUCACGAUGGGUCUGUCAAAAGGAUUCCAUAACGCUCCAAAGCUCUACGGCGACGAUACCGUCCGGAAGUCAGAGAAAGUCACUGAUUUCAGGUCUGGUAUGCGUGCUGCCACGAAAGAGUUUGGCUACGGUUUGUACGACGGCAUUACUGGUCUUGUCACACAACCCAUCAAGGGCGCUGCCAAGGAAGGCCCGGCCGGCUUUGUGAAAGGCUUUGGAAAGGGGCUCGGUGGUAUCGCAUUGAAGCCUGGAGCCGCGUUCUUCGGUAUACCAGCUUAUACUAUGAAGGGCCUUUACAAGGAGAUCCAGAAGUCGUUUGGCUCGAGCGUGCAGAACUACAUCAUCGCAGCACGAACGGCACAAGGCUUUGACGAGUAUCAGAGUGCAUCUCCGGAAGAGCGCCGGGAUGUAGUCCUGCGUUGGAAAGUCUUGCAGAAGGACCUCAAGAAGAAGCGCAAUCCGGAUGAGCUGGUUCGCGAUAUCUUGAAAGAGCAAAUGGACAAGAAAGAACACUGGCUUGAAGCUCGCAAGUUGAAGAAGGACAGCUGUCACAACACCCGCAGUGCCAGCAGUUCCAAUACUCCCAGGCGUGAUCCUGAAGAAUCAAUGCUGGCUAUGGGAACCGAUCGUGCUUAUACGGAGGAGCCAGAUGAAAUUGAGAGACGUGCAGUUGAGGAGGCGAUUCGACUUUCUGUUCUGGAGACUUCUCACGGAGAUGCCACCGAAGAUGCGCGCAUAGAGCAGCAAAUACGGGGCAAGAUUGCUGCAGUCCAGCAGAACCAUGCUUCCCACGUGGACCCCUCUGAAGAUGAGGCAAUGCGUCAAGCGAUGCAAGCAAGCGUCGCGGAUGCAGAGCGGCAUCAGCAAGAGCGCUCUCAGUACGACCGAGAACUCGAGCAAGUCAUUGCCCAGAGUCUGAAAGAGCAGAGAGGCUUCACCGACAGUGACAGUGACACUGGCCGACGCAGUUCUGCUAUCUCGGAAAACACGCUCGCUCCCGCUGAUCGGCCUCCAGAGUACGACCCUGGUCACUUGGGCGGCACAACGAGAGAAGAGUUCGAGCGCGAUUCCAGUCAACGUGUGGAUGAGAAGACACAACAGGAGAAGACCGAGGAGGAGAUUGUGUUGGAAUAUAUCAAAAAGCAAAGUCUGCUUGAACAGAAGGCAAGGGCAUCACAGGGCCAGAAAUUUGCCGACGAGGACGAGGAGUUGCAGAGGGCUUUGAAGGCUAGUAUGCAAGGUCAUGAGCCUCGUAUUGGUGAGGCAUCUGGAUCACAAUGAAGUUGAAGUUGGCUUUCGAUUGACAAUGGCGGACGACAAGCAUAGCAUUGCGAAGCAAAGUGAGAUGAUUCGAUGAUACCCACGAAGUAUAGCUUGUCUGUUAUGUUAUGUACAUGUAAGAAUCUGAAAACAAACAUCAGAUUCAUUCUCUGAACGUUCGAUGGUCUUGAUCACGGCAGAGAAGGCCCAGACCCACAGCACACGACAGCCUUACAGCACCAACGGAC